AUGUUGACCAACGGGGUUCGUUGGGAGUUAACAGCGUGUGUCCACGGUUCAGCUGCCAUGUUGUACCCCAUGUACUGGCAACACAUUUACAUCCCUGUACUGCCUCCACAUCUUCUGGACUACUGCUGUGCCCCCAUGCCAUACCUGGUAGGAGUUCAUCUCAGCCUGCUUGAGAGAGUGCGUAGCAGGUCGUUGGAGGAUGUGGUGAUACUAAACGUUGACACCAACACACUAGAGAGUCCCCAGAAUGACCUGCAGAACCUGCCCAGUGAUGUGCUCCACUCUCUGAAGAGUAAGCUGAAGAAGCAGUCGACAGCAACAGGAAGUGGAGUAGCGAGGUCCUUCCUCCGAGCUCAGGCUGCUCUGUUUGGAUCCUACAGAGACGCCCUCCGAUACAAACCUGGGGAACCAAUCACAUUCUGCGAGGAGAGUUUUGUGGCUCACCGCUCCAGCACCAUGAAACACUUCCUGGAGAUGGCUGUCAACCUGCAGCUCUUCAAACAG